AUGGCCGUCUUAACAUAUCUCGAAUUAAAGAAGCAUAGUAUCUCUCAAUUAUUUUAUCGUCACGCGAAGUUUUGCGCAACUCACCAAGUUUACGUUAUAGUUGCAGCAAUUUUUUUAGUUUUACCUUUAUGCUAUCCUGCACUUAAUGCAUAUUAUCUAAAUCCUCUUAGUGACGUUCCAACUUUUUACUGGGAAUUACCUUCAUCUCGUGUGCCAAUCUCGAAAUCUAGCUUCAAACAAAAAUGCGGUACUCAACCUUCUUUACACGUAGAAAGUAUUAUAAUUAAAACCGAAGGUUUUAGAGAUAACAAUUACCGUCGAUCUACUACUGAUGGUACAAAUGUUUUGGAAAAAAAUUUGUUUCUGUGGACACUUCAAUUGCAAGAAAGGCUUUCAAAUACUGUAGUAAUAUAUCCACCGAAUAAAACUUCACCACUUAUUUCACGUCAAGAACCUGAAAAAUACACCCUUUCUAGUUUAUGCUUUAAACCAAACGGUGAAAGUCGUUGUUUAGUUCAUUCGCCUAUUGAAUUUUGGAACUACGACGCAGAGUUACUUAUGAAUGAUAAAGAUAUCUCAAAAACUCUUUUAGAAGCAAACGAAGUUUCUUCAUUUAAGAUACCUAUUCCUUUGAAAUCCGUUUUUGGCAACCCUGUAUAUGAUAAAUUAACUGGAAAGAUUGUUAGUGCGGAUUCAAUUAUUUUAACUUACUAUUUAGAUGGUAUGGGCGAAUGUGCUGAAGAUCAAACUUUAGCUAUUUGGGAUUUACUUUGGAAUCAAGUGAUGAAUGCAAAUGAUACUUGUCACAUCGUUGGUGAACGCAUAAAAGGUUUCGAUAUAGAUUUUAAAGAUACCUCAACCCAUAUAGUUUUUGACUUUAAUCGCAGUAUGGAGUUUCCGGCAGAAUUCUUCAUCCUCGCUCUUGAACAUUUAGUUGUAUUUCUUUACAUUUCACUUUCUCUUGGACGACUUAAUUCUGUAAAGUCAAAAUUUGGUUUGGCAUUUUCAACCGUGGUCCAAGUAUUUGUCUCUUUCGUUAUCUCACUUAGCGUUUGUUCUCUCUUUGGUGUCACAUUAACGCUUGUAUCUUGGCCUUUUGUUCUUGUAAUUGUUGGCGUUGAGAACAUGUUUGUUUUGACUAAUGCCGUUACCUCGACUUCAAUGGAAUUGGAUGUUAAAGAGCGUGUUGGAAAAGGUCUUGAAAAAGUUGGAGCCUCAAUGACAAAAGCUUUAUUUUCUAAAAUUUUAUUGGUGGCGUUGAUUUGUUCAGUGACAAAUAUUAAUUCCGUUCAAGAAUUUUGUAUUUUCACAUCUGUUGCAAUGAUUGUUGAUUAUCUUCUUCAGAUGUCAUUUUUCAUCACCACAUUAUCUAUCGAUCUUCGAAGAUUAGAGAUUUCUGAUUUAUAUAAUCGAAGAGUUAGUACACCUUUGACACCUACCAAGACCCUUAAAAGCCGUAAUGCUAAUGGCGCGGAAAGGGAAACACUUAUGAAAUCCUCCAAUCACUUUAGCAAUGGGAGAAUCGCUAUUUCUUUGUUAGUAACGACAAGUUUAUAUCAGGAAAAUGGAGAUUUGACAAGUAUUUUAUCCUCAAUUAAAAAUAUGAUGGUCGGUUCAAAUCAGAGUGCUGUCGAAAACAACGUUACCACCAAUACUUUUUAUGAAACUCCGACUGCCUCAGCAAAUUCAACAGAAUCAACUGAAUUAUUAGGAUGGAAAUUACUUAUUAGAUCAAUUAUCAAAAAUUUUGUAUUCGGUUUGAAGUUUAUCAUCCUUCCCGCGUUUGGAAUUUUUCAUGCGACUUCUUCCUUGGUGCGUCGUUUGGUAUCUUCAGAUCAAAUUGAUAAAGGCGAAACUUCUAAUGGUGGUAAUAAUGCGAACAAGAUUCCUUCAUUGGCCAGAGUUGUUACUCUGCGCGGUCGUCAUUCUGCUGAUGUUAGCUUGCUUUGUGCUAACCCUAAUGGUAUGAUUAUUUCAACUGCUACGGAUAAACAUAUCACUUCAUGGGAUGGAAAACAAGGUAAUUCAAUGAAAAAGCUCGAGAGAUAUAUGCGUAAAUGCGACUCAUGUAAGUGUGGUAUCACUGGAGGAAUGAAGAAAUGUAUAUCGUGGCCUGUUAGGGCCAUGUGUAUGAGUGAAAAGGUUGAACUUGCUGCUGCUGGAUUUGAAGAUGGUGUUGUGAGAGUUUGGGAUAUUAAUUCUGGACAGGCGACGUAUAUUUUAAAGGACACUGUCGAAGAUGUAGAAUCAGUUAUGUCUGCGGUGAGCGGAAAUACAGCGAAAGAACGAGUUACAUGUUUACAAUUUGUCGUUCCGACAUCUUCAUCUUCAAUACCACAGACACCUACUUAUGAACUAAAUUAUAUGAAUUUCACGACCAGACCAAUAUCAAUCCAGCAAGCCCCGUCUAUUCUACUUGCUACUUAUCGUAAUGGUUAUUUCCGGGAGUGGGAUUUAGUUUCGGGACAGAUUGUUCAUACAAUAGCCACUAAUCAGAAAGGUGGCAUAAAUUAUCUGUGUGUUGUAGACGAUGGUGAAUUAGACUAUAAUCAAGAUGACUUGUAUAUUUUCACGGGUGCACGUGAUGGAUCUGUUAAAUGUUGGGUUCGGAAAGUUUAUUAUCCUGAGAAUGAAUCAAAUAUUACUAUUAAUCCUUAUGGUGUUCUCAAGAGUCGAUGGAAGUCAAUUUACACAAUACCUGGUGAACCAGGAAAUGCUAUAACGUGUAUAGCUACUAAGGUGGUAAAAACUGUGAACAACACUUAUGGGGUGGUUAUUACGGGUGCGUUAGAUGGAGAAGUGAGAGUUUACGAUUACAUUAAUGGUAAGCCUAUAGCUAUAUUAAGUCGAGGUACAAUAUCUAAGCAAAGACGUGAAAAAGAAAGAGAACAACAAUUAUUACAAAAAAGGUUAUUAAUUCAUCAACAAAAACAAAUGAGACAAUUUGAAAUGCAAACAAAUUUUUUUGAUGAUGAAUUUGAUGAUUAUGAGUAUGAUGAAACUGAAGAUACAGAUGACGAGGAGGAUGAAUUAUCACAUAAAGAUUCAAUUAUCAGUAUUGUAAUCAAUUUACUAAAACAAGAAAGUUGCCCUUGUGGUAAUACAGAAUAUGGAGGGUUUUCAAUAGUCACCUCCUCUGCUGACGAAAAAGUGCACGUAUGGCAUUUAGUUAGAAAUGUUAUGGAUUGUACAUGUAUGGCAUUACGGGUAGAAAAUAAUUUACAAAAUAAUGUUACAAAUAAUGCGCCGGUUGGGCUCCUUCAACAAAAAGAUGUAGCUGAAUGGGAUGGUGUCGUCUCUUAUCAUUCCAAAUUUAUUGGAAGAGUUUGCCAACCUGGCGGAACAGCAAUUGUAUUAUUAAGAGAUAAUAUAGUUGGAGUAAGGAAGGUUAAACAUUCAUUAGCAUCAAAACAUGGUAUACCAAGAUGUCAUGGAGCAGAAGGAGAAUGGGAAAUGUGGAUGUUGGAAAUUAAUGACCCAAGGGUUAUUGAAUCUACUCAAGAUGGGCAAGAGAAUUCCGACAACGAAGUUGAUGUUGUUGAAUUAUUAGUGCGAACUAUUCCUUUAGUUAGUGAAUCAGAUUUAUUUACUGAACAACAACAAAAAAAGAAAAAAGAAGCACUUAAACGAAGAGAUAAAGAAAGUACCGGAGAAUUAACGGGAUUUGUCAGAAGAAGAAGAAACCAUACCACAGUUAAUAAAGUGGUCGGACCAAAUUUUGGACCUACCUUCCCGAUAUCGUUACCUUCAAACAUGCAUCAACAUGAUCAUCAUGAUGAUCAUGAAAUAGAAGAUACACAAGGUCAAGUAGUUGAUUAUCGACAAAAAAGUCAAAGACGACGUGGUAGCGUAUUACAUCGAGUAUAUCCAAAUAAUGAAAGAUCAUUAUCAUUGUUAGAAGAGGAAGAUGAAAUGAAUGAAAUUUUGCCUUUUGUUCAUGUUAGGCAAGUAGUUAAAAUUGGUGAUUAUGGUGUUGCGGCUGCGUAUGGUAAUUUUGUUAAAGUAGUUUUAUUUGAAGAAUCAGGUGAUUAUGAAAUCGUCCCCGAUAUUUGA